UUUAUUCAUAAGCCGGGGGAAAUUCCGUGACGUCAUAGAUGUCCUAGAUUACUCUUAGAAAUAACCAGAAAAUGUCGUUUCUUGCCCUUUGUCGUCGUUUUCCAGGUACUAGUGUGCGGACGUCCACUGCAUUUACAGUGCUGAAAAAGUCUCAAAACAGUGCUCAAUGUUUGACAGCGAUAAAUCGAUGUUAUGCACAUCCAGUUACACACAAAGAAUUGAGAAAUCUGACAAAGGCAGAGUGGGCAGAGAGACUGACCCCUGAACAGUUCUCAGUGUGUAGGGAGCAGUGCACUGAACCACCAUUCAGUGGUAUGUACAACAGCCAUUAUGAGCGAGGCACCUACACAUGUGUAUGCUGUGGAGAGGGUCUUUUCAGCUCUGACAGCAAGUACGAUUCAGGCACGGGUUGGCCAUCAUUUAGUGAUGUUUACAAACAGGAAGAGACAGGUCUGCCAAAUGUUAUAGAGAGGCCAGAAAACAGUGCAGGUCGUAGUACUUUCAGAACUGAGGUCAUCUGUAGAAAGUGUGAUUCUCACCUUGGUCAUGUGUUUGACGAUGGACCAGCACCAACAGCUAAACGUUAUUGCAUCAACAGCGUGGCUUUAGAUUUUGAACCAGAAACUAAAAAGUGAAUAACCAAACACAGGAAGGGAAAUGGAUCUUCUCGACAAUAAUUUUAACUGAUGAUUUUACAUGCAGCAUUGUUAUAGAGUGGUUGUUUGUGUGAGCAAUUUUGAUCAUGUGUCAUGGUAGACUGUGUAAUUUAUGUGUCACUUUUUUUUCUUGAUUUUAUUAGCUCACCUGUCACAAAGUGACAAGGUGAGCUUUUGUGAUCACGCAGCGUCCGUCGUCUGUGCAUGCGUGCGUGCGUCAGUCCGUAAACUUUUGCUUGUGACCACUCUAGAGGUCACAUUUUUCAUGGGAUUUUUAUGAAUGUUGGUCAGAAUGUUCACCUUGAUGAUAUCUAGGUCAAGUUCGAAACUGGGUCACAUGCCAUCAAAAACUAGGUCAGUAGGUCUAAAAAUAGAAAAACCUUGUGACCUCUCUAGAGGCCAUAUUUCAUGAUAUCUUCAUGAAAAUUAGUCAGAAUGUUCAUCUUGAUGAUAUCUAGGUCAAGUUCGAAACUGGGUCACGUGCCGUCAAAAACUAGGUCAGUAGGUCUAAAAAUAGAAAAACAUUUUGACCUCUCUAAAGGCCAUGUAUUUCACAAGAUCUUCAUGAAAAUUGGUCAGAACGUUCACCUUGAUGAUAUCUAGGUCAAGUUCGAAACUGGGUCACAUGCCAUCAAAAACUAGGUCAGUAGGUCAAAUAAUAGAAAAAUCUUGUGACCUCUCUAAAGGCCAUAUUUUUCAUGGGAUCUGUAUGAAAGUUGGUCUCAAUGUUCAUCUUGAUGAUAUCUAGGUCAAGUUCGAAACUGGGUCACAUGCGAUCAAAAACUAGGUCAGUAGGUCUAAAAAUAGAAAAACCUUGUGACCUCUCUAGAGGCCAUAUAUUUCAUGAGAUCUUCAUGAAAAUUGGUCAGAAUGUUCACCAUGAUGAUAACUAGGUCAAAUUCGAAAGUGGGUCUCGUGCCGUCAAAAACUAGGUCAGUAGGUUAAAUAAUAGAAAAACCUUGUGACCUCUCUAGAGGCCAUCUUUUUCAUGGGAUCUGUAUGAAAGUUGGUCUGAAUGUUCAUCUUGAUGAUAUCUAGGUCAAGUUUGAAAGUGGGUCAUGUGCCUUCAAAAACUAGGUCAGUAGGUCAAAUAAUAGAAAAAAAUUGUGACCUCUCUAAAGGCCAUAUUUUUCAUGGGAUCUUCAUGAAAAUUGGUCAGAAUGUUCAGCUUGAUGAUAUCUAGGUCAGUUUCGAAACAGGGUCAUGUGCGGUCAAAAACUAGGUCAGUAGGUCUAAAAAUAGAAAAACCUUGUGACCUCUCUAGAGGCCAUACUUAUGAAUGGAUCUCCAUAAAAAUUGGUCAGAAUGUUCAUCUUGAUGAUAUCUAGGUCAAGUUCGAAAGUGGGUCAUGUGCGGUCAAAAAGUAGGUCAGUAGGUCAAAUAAUGAAUAAACGUUGUGACCUCUCUAGAGGCCAUAUUUGUCAUGGGAUCUGUAUGAAAGUUGGUCUGAAUGUUUAUCUUGAUGAUAUAUUGGUUAAGUUUGAAACUGGGUCAACUGCGAUCAAAAACUAGGUCAGUAGGUUUUGAAAAAGAAAAACCGUGUGACCUCUCUAGAGGCCAUACCCUUGAAUGGAUCUUUAUGAAAAUUGGUCAGAAUGUUCACCUUGAUGAUAUCUAGGUCAAGUUUGAAACUGGGUCACGUGCCUUAAAAAACUAGGUCAGUAGGUCAAAUAAUAAAAAAACCUUGUGACCUCUCUAGAGGCCAUACUUUUCAUGGGAUCUGUAUGAAAGAUGGUCUGAAUGUUCAUCUUGAUGAUAUCUAGGUCAAGUUUGAAACUGGGUCAACUGCGGUCAAAAACUAGGUCAGUAGGUCUAAAAUUAGAAAAAUCUUUUGACCUCUCUAGAGGCCAUAUUUUUCAAUGGAUCUUCAUGAAAAUUGAUCUGAAUGUUCACCUUGAUGAUAUCUAGGUCAGUUUCGAAACUGGGUCACCUGCGGUCAAAAACUAGGCCAGUAGGUAUAAAAAUAGAAAAACCUUGUGACCUCUCUAGAGGCCAUAUUUUUCAUGAGAUCUUCAUGAAAGUUAGUGAGAAUGUUCACCUUGAUGAUAUCUAGAUAAAGUUCAAAACAGGGCCACGUACCUUUGAAAACUAGGUCAAUAGGUCAAAUAAUAGAAAAACCUUGUGACCUCUCUAGAGACCAUAUUUUUCAAUGGAUCUUCAUGAAAAUUGGUCAGAAUUUUUAUCUUGAUAAUAUCUAGGUCAAGUUGAAAACUGGGUCAAAUAAGCUCAAAAACUAGGUCACUAUGUCAAAUAAUAGAAAAAACGAUGUCUUACUCAAAACUGGGUCAUGUGGGAAGAGGUGAGCGAUUCAGGACCAUCAUGGUCCUCUUGUAUAUAGCAGUCAUGAUCACACUGUUAAGAAUUCACACUUUGUUUUAUGUGUAAUCUUUGAGAUUAUGCUUCCUCCUUUUGAAGAGAGUUUUGAAUUUGUAUGUUGCUCUGAUUGCAAAAAUUAGCUAAAAUAAAACGAAGGGAAUAUUACCUAAUCUACAGCAAAAUGUUCAAUGAACUUGUUAAUAGAAUGUAUAAGGUGUUUUUAGCUCACCUGUCACAAAGUGACAAGGUGAGCUUUUGUGAUCGUCCGUCGUCCGUGCGUGCGUGCGUGUGUCCGUGCGUCCGUAAACUUUUGCUUGUGACCACUCUAGAGGUCACAUUUUUCAUGGGAUCUUUAUGAAAUUUGGUCAGAAUGUUCAGCUUGAUGAUAUCUAGGUCAAGUUCGAAACUGGGUCACGUGCCAUCAAAAACUAGGUCAGUAGGUCUAAAAAUAGAAAAACCUUGUGACCUCUCUAGAGGCCAUAUAUUUUACAAGAUCUUCAUGAAAAUUGGUCAGAAUGUUCAUCUUGAUGAUAUCUAGGUCAAGUUCGAAACUGGGUCACGUGGGGUCAAAAACUAGGUCAGUAGGUCUAAAAAUAGAAAAACCUUGUGACCUCUCUAGAGGCCAUAUUUUUCAUGAGAUCUUCAUGAAUAUUGGUCAGAAUGUUCACCUUGAUGAUAUCUAGGUCAAGUUUGAAACUGGGUCACAUGGGGUCAAAAACUAGGUCAUUAGGUCUAAAAAUAGAAAAACCUUGUGACCUCUCUAGAGGCCAUAUUUCUCAAUGGAUCUUCAUGAAAAUUGGUCAGAAUGUUCAGUUUGAUGAUAUCUAGGUCAAGUUCGAAACUGGGUCACGUGGGGGUAAAAACUAGGUCAGUAGAUCUAAAAAUAGAAAAACCUUGUGACCUCUCUAGAGGCCAUAUUUUUCAUGAGAUCUUCAUGAAUAUUGGUCAGAAUGUUCACCGUGAUGAUAUCUAGUUCAAGUUCGAUACUGGGUCAUGUUGGAUCAAAAACUAGGUCAGUAGGUCUAAAAAUAGAAAAACCUUGUGACCUCUCUAGAGGCCAUAUUUCUCAAUGGAUCUUCAUGAAAAUUGGUCAGAAUGUUCACCUUGAUGAUGUCUAGGUCAAGUUCGAAACUGGGUCACGUGCGGUCAAAAACUAGGUCAGUAGGUCUAAAAAUAGAAAAACCUUGUGACCUCUCUAGAGGCCAUAUUUUUCAAUGGAUCUUCAGGAAAAUUGGUCAGAAUGUUAACCUUGAUGAUAUCUAGAUCAAAUUCGAAACUGGGUCACAUGGGGUUAAAAACUAGGUCAGUAGAUCUAAAAAUAGAAAAACUGUGUGACCUCUCUAGAGGCCAUAUUUUUCAUGAGAUCUUCAUGAAUAUUGGUCAGAAUGUUCACCUUGAUGAUAUCUAGGUCAGGUUCGAAACUGGGUCACGUGGGGUCAAAAACUAGGUCAGUAGGUCUAAAAAUAGAAAAACCUUGUGACCUCUCUAGAGGCCAUAUUUCUCAAUGGAUCUUCAUGAAAACUGGUGAGAAUGUUCAGCUUGAUGAUAUCUAGGUCAGGUUCGUAACUGGGUCAUGUGCGAUCAAAAACUAGGUCAGUAGGUCGAAAAAAAAGAAAAACCUUGUGACCUCUCUAGAGGCCAUAUUUUUCACAAGAUCUUCAUGAAAAUUGGUGAGAAUGUUCACCUUGCUGAUAUCUAGGUCAAGUUUAAAAGUGGGUCACGUGCCUUCAAAAACUAGGUCAUUAGGUCAAAUAAUAGAAAAACCUUGUGACCUCUCUAGAGGCCAUAUUUUUCAAUGGAUCUUCAUGAAAAUUGGUCAGAAUUUUUUAUCUUGAUGAUAUCUAGGUCACAUGUGCUCAAAAACUAGGUCACUAUGUCAAAUCAUAGAAAUAACGACGUCAUACUCAGUUCAGCACUGGGUCAUGUGGGGAUAGGUGAGCGAUUCAGGACCAUCAUGGUCCUCUUGUUAUGAUAAGCAGUUAACGAUUGAUUGUAAUAUGUUAGUUAAAUUGUUAUAGUUUGUUAUUUGAAAUAUGAUCUGGGUUUCAGAGAGUAUUUUUUUACAUUAGGGCAUAUGGUUUUGCUGUAAAGGUAGUGAUUAGUAUAUGUUUUUGCUUAUUAGUGCUAUUCUGUACAGUUUUAUUUGUUCUGUAGAUAGAUCUCCAGACUGGUAUGACAAAAAAAAGUGUACAUUGAAUCUGUUUGAGAUGAAGUAGAUCUACUACACUAUUUGGUAUACUAAUGCCACUUAGGUAUCAAACAGAGUGUUUGGUUUUAAAUAUGAAGGUUUUUUACAUGUACCUUACUGGUAUUUGAAUUACUCUCAACUCUGCUUUCUGGGGAAAAAACUGCUGGUGUCAUAUGGCUAGGUGCGUUCGUGACCCUACUAGUUCUUAAACUUGCUAAACCUUAAGGCUGUUGGUUCAAGACCCAUCAGUGAGUUGUUGUGAUUAUGUUGGUUGGUUGAUCUGACGCCAAAACCCUUUCGUUUCAGGUCAAUAAUUAGAGAAUGUUUUGGAACAUAGUGGUUAAUAGGAGGUUAGAUGACCCCUAUUUUGUAGAGGUCAGUGGGUCAAAGAUCAAGGUCACAGGGAAGUGUUAAUGUCAUUCAGUCUGGUGUGUGUGUGGUUUUUUUUUAUUUGUCUUCAAAUAUUAUGGGGACACAUAUUGUAAGGGUUAUUUUCGUUAAAGGUGGUGCUCCUGAUCUGUCAUGAUCCUGGUUAGGUCAAAGGUCAAACAGGAAUUAUUAUUUCAAGGUUUUCUGUGUAUCAUUUUACACACUGACAGUGAAAUUUGGAUUUAGAAAUAUUUGUCUGUCUUCCAAUACAUCUCUUUGGGCUGUAAUCAUUUAUUAUACAUGUAUAUCAAUUUACCAUUCCAUUUGAAUAAAGCUUUGAAGGUCCCUUGAUCAUUAUAUAAUAAAACAGUAUUAUGUACAUGUAACAGCAAUAUUGACGGAGUGUCAUGAUUUUCAGUUGGUGCAGUCAAGGUGUGUUCAUAGGUAGAUAUAUAGUCAUGUGAUAGCAAAUGGUCUCAGAUGGUCCGAAUGUGUUAAAUUUUGUUGUUGUUGUUUUUUUUUUAAAUUGCAGAAAAAAGUAAGAAAGACAUAGAUAUGAAUAUAAAAUUUCAUUUGUGCUUCACAUUGAAUUAAUUGAUAUUACUUGAUAUAGUUAUUGAAUUAUUAUACUUCCAUCUCUGAAAGAGCGGGGUGUAUUAUGUGAACACCUGUGAUGGGCAGUCGGCAUUCAAAGCAUGUCCGCUUUCCGAGUCGAACAGUUUUCAUCCUAUCUCCACCAAAAUUGCUGACAAUGUGGACAUAAUGCAGCCUAAUAAAGGCCAAGUUUGAUAACCACCCAAAUCUCCAUAAACGCUCUCGGAUUAUGGCCCUUGAAUUACUUGAAAAACUGCAAAUUUAGUCUUGUCCGCUCUCUUAAGUCAAACAGUUUUCAUCCGAUCUUCACCGAACUUGCUGACAAUUAUUUUGGGCAUAAUGUCUCGGCUAAGAACGUAUUUUGUGACAGUCUUAUGAUGAUAUACUUCUUACAUUCUUAAGUAUCUUAGAUUAUUACAUAAAGUUCAGGCUGCAUUUUUAUUUUAAUCUUAAGUUUUAAGUUUUAAAGCUGUGCCAUAUAAAAGCUUAAUAUUUAAUGAUAAAAUUGUGUCUGUGUAUUAUUCACAUGUAAGUUUUAUAUUACUUAUUGUUCUUAUUUAUUUAGAGCAUGGCAACAGGUAAACUAAUUUGUGUAUGAAUACAUGUGAUUUGUUAAUAAACACAAAAUGCAACUGAAUUUGUUUUGUCACCAAUUUGCUUAGCCUUGGCUAGUCUUUAAUUAAUUAUUAGUAUGCGAUUAUUACAUAAUGAUACUAUUGGGAAUGUUUUAUGACUUAUAUGAUUUUGAAUUUUCCUAAAUUGUUACGUGAUUUUAGUUACAUGUAUUUUUCAAAAUAAAUUGAAAUAAUGUU